UUAUACUGUAUGAUUUUUUUGUAAUGCUAUUUCUAUAAAUAUAUGUAAUUCCCUGAUUCUUUGAGUUCACGAUCUGUUACCUGUCGUGUUUAUUUUACGCAGCUGAUCUUUAUGUUUAUUAAAUUGAAUUUCUAUCACUUCAACUGGAAAAAAAAGGCUCAAUGCCUCAUGGACACUGCUCAUUCUGACAUUAUUUUAUUGUUCAUUUUUCAUUGUUUUAUUGGGAACGGGAGAAAUGGGAGAUUGUGGUUGGUGGCGUCCCAUAACAUGUCAGCAGAAACCAGUGUGACUGUGGCUAUUGGACAUGCUGUAGUAGAAUUUAUUAAUGGGGAUUACCUGGCUCCACUGAUGGCUUCAGAGAGAAAAGUAAACCCAGAGUUUAAUUGGAUGCAUGCACACAGCAUUGGAAAAGUCACAUGUGCAUGAUAUAUCCAAUUACAAAUCAUGUCCUCUUUAUUUACACCAACCUUUCUCUGCAAUAAAAACACAUCAGGUACACAUUUCUAAUAUGAAAUGAUGUAUCAUACAUUUUAAUUUUCAGACCAGAACCUGUUGGCCUUUAAGAGUGAACUCCUGUUAAAUGAUAAAAAAAAAAAUUCAUUUCCUCUUUUUUGAUGUGCACUGAUUGCAAGAAUUUUAAGAUCCACACAAGGACAGGAAAUGUGACCAAAUUCAAUGACAAAACGUUUUCUGUAGAAGCCACAACCGCACAAAGCUCACCCAAAACUGGAUGUUCUGGUUGCACAUUUGUUGGAGAGCUGACCUGGAAACCAUGCUGGUCUGUGUCUGGCUGGUCAGCAGUCUGAUUCACACGAUCUCAGGAUGUUCUCUAUCUGCACCCGGAGGAGUCACUGGGUACACAGGAGGCUCCGUGGUCCUGUCUUGCUCCUGCACUGAUGGAGGGACAAUACCGGGAUCUGCCAGAUGGCAUUUUCAACCAGGUCCUUCCGGUAUCGCACUUUGGUCAGGUGGUCGAGUGGACGACCGCUACAAAGACCGGGCGUUGAUUUCUGACUCCCCUGGAAACAUGUCUCUCCGUCUCUCGGCUCUCACUCUGUCAGAUGGGGGACUAUACAGGUGUGAAGCUGAUAGUGUACAGUUUGAAGACAUCACUCUCACAGUAAAAGAAUCUGGACAGGAGGAGGCCACUGAAGAUCAGAAGAACACCUUGUUUGUGGCCAUUGCUGUUGUUGCUGUGGUCACAUUGUUCACAGUGUGUGGGGCUGUGUUUUACUGCAGAGUUAGAGGCAGGAGAAGUACACGUGUUGAGUCUAGAGGGCCAAACGAGAAGAGGGCCAAGGAGCAGGAGGAGGACCCUGAUUCAGUGACGUAUUCUACCGUCAUCCACAGAGAAAAAGACAAAAACACAAAGAGCCAAAAUCAAACUCCUGUUGAAGACUCUACAGAAUAUGCUACUAUAAAAUGUCAUACUUAAUUUCAUGAAAGGCAUAGUUAUGGAAAUACACACACACACACACACACACACACCAUGGAUAGGGACACAAGGAAGUCUGCAGCAAAGAGGUUUGUGGCAAAUGGAUCAUUUUAUGUGAAACCAUUAUUUACUUUUGUGUAAACAAUGUGUUCAGGAAUCUGUGAAUAAUGUAAAGUAUAUAGGAUAUGGAUAAAUUAUAAAAGUAUUAAAUACGUCCAUUAAACUUGUGUUAGUACAACAAGUUAGUAAUUAAAGGUUAAAUAGUAUUUAUAUAUAGCGCCCCUUAUUCCCAGAGUUGGAGUGAAUUUCCACAAUUCUAAGGAAUUUUGCAGGAGUACCAGUAAUUUUUCCUUCUUUGUAGAAGGGUAUAGAAGGACAACAGUGAGCCUGCUGGGGUAACGGAAAGGUUGGUGUAACAGGAAGCUCCCCAUCUGCCCACUUCCUGGGGUUUUGUCAAAGGGCUAAACAUGAUCAUCAUGUAUUGCUUCAGUGCUGCUGUUGAAUCAGGUGCUGUCAUAUGUGGAGAUGUUAACAGCCUAUGUUGGUGUUGUUAUGACAGCGUGUUAUAGGCACAUGACUGCAGUAAGCCACCUUCCUGCUGGCAGGUAUCUGUAGCAUGUAUGGGCAGUCCAGAGACAGUUUGAUGCAACAGUUUGGAGUCACUACUGUCGUCCAAGGACAGUCAGCGGGAACCAAGCUAAGCCAAAAGAUGGACUCCACAAAACCGACUGAUCAUUUGUCGAGAGUGCCAGAAUGGCACCAUGGUGGUGGUAGCACUGUCGCCCCCUUUUGGUGGACAAUCAACAACGAGGGGCAUUGGCUAAGGGGCACACCCCUCACCCACGUGGCCAAUCAACAAGUGGUCACCAGGGAAGACCAGGACAAUCGACCAGUUACAGGCGGGCCCCUGCAGAGAAGCAGUAACUUUAACCUUUCGGUUUUAAACGCCUUAAAGGACAUUACUUUUGGGCUUUCCUGAGCUCUGUACAGUAUUUUGCUUAACAUAAGGUGCAUUCAAGUAAAAUUUAA